CCCUAUUUUGGAGGAAUACGAGUGCUGAACGCCAUCCUUAUACUGCCGCAGUGCGAUCCGGAAGCCAAUCUGCCAUCACGAGUAGUUCCCGUUGCCAUUAAUUCCUUUUCCUUUCUCUCUUACCUCUCCGAUCUUGGAUCUUGGUCUUGGCACUUGUUGUGGAUUCAUCUGGACUUGAGGACGAAGAAAGCGCGAUGGGGGCGGGUGACGGGCUCGUGGAAAUCCAGCCUGAAGAACUUAGAUUUACAUGGACGAAUUAUGUGUCUUCAUCGACUGCGUAUGAUGGGUUGUUUCAUGAUCUGAUAGUCUUCUGGGAAAUUGUCUUGAUAUGUAUGGAUUACAAAUGGCUGGAGUUCAAGGCUUCUACUUUAAACAAUGGGGCUGUGAAAGAGGAGCCAAUUCAUGAAAAGCCUAUGUCUAAAGAGACUGACAUUUCAAGUGACCAAGCACUGAGUGGACUAGCGGAUUACAACUCAACUCAUGUUGCUAAAGAUAUUGAUGAGUUUAAACUGAAGCUCAACAGCCUUGAAGUGAAGCUAAAUGAUCCACACCAGAUGGCAUGCUAUUGGAUGGAGCAUGGCAAGGUAUCACUCUUGUGGCCCAUGCUACUGCCCUUCCUCUCCAAUCACCUUUUCAUUCCAUCUAUCUUGGAAUGGGCUGAGAAGACAAUAACAAAUCUGAGGGGAGAGAAUAGUGCAGCCAAUCUAUUGAGAGAGAAAUUUCUACAUGAAAUUGCUGUGGUGAGAAGGAAGCGUGCAUCUAGAGUUGAGGUUGGUUUUUCUAUCUUGUCUGUGGUCUGCGUGGCACUCGUUGGUACGUCACUCGGAUAUCUUUCGCGCUCAUUGGGUCCAUCGGGAAACUCGAGUAUGGAUUAGUAGCAUUAGAGUUAGACACUUUUUAAUUUGUUUCGAUGGUCUCUCCAUUGUGAAGCGUAAAAAAUUUCCUGUACAACUCGGUAAUUUAACCUCUCUCCAUGUGGAUGACCCAUGUAUGUGCAUGUAAAAGGCAAAUCUUGAUAUUACAUGUGUGGGGUUGGACGGUAUGUAUGUAUGUCUUGAUACAUUUUUUUGCAAAUCUAUCUUUGCUGGA